AUGGCUGUCGGCGCGUCCGAGGUCAGGGAGCUUGCCGACGAGAUGGGCGACGACGCGGGCUGGGUCGACGCGUCCGAGGUUGCGGGCUGCUCGCCACACGAAAGCCAGCAGCAGCAGCAGCAGCAGCAGCAGCAGCAGCAGCAGCAGCAGCAGCACCGAGACAAGGCACCAGACGGCGUCGCAGCAGCGGAGGCUCUGCCAGCCGCGGGCCGUCACGCAACGCGGUCAGUGGAGGGCUCUCCUGUGGCGCUGCAGCUUGACAGCGGCGGCGGGCUGGGCGGCCGGCUGUUUGGCGUCGGGGGGCCGCGACAGCUCGAGGCGUGGAUGGGGCUGACGGAGGUGGAGGUCGGGGCCGACGGCUGCUGCAGCACGCGGCGCGUGGACAUGCUGCUUGGCGGCCGCGUGCGCGUCAGCGUCUGGGGCUCGGUGGACACGACGACAGAGGCCAUGUCGAUGCGCAUCGGACUGCCAGCCCAGACCCUCGCGCUCGCGGGGAUCCGCGGACUGCCGCCGGACUACGUCCUGCCCUUGGAGCUCCGCGGCUCGAUCUAUUCGCCCGAGCUGGACUGGCAGGCGGCAGUCCGGAAGGUGGCGGUGCUCACAGCGAUGCAGUUGGGCCGCGGACUCGUGGUUGGCGGCGGCGCUGGCAGCGGCGGCGGCGCAGAGGGGCCGCAGGGCGGGGCGGCGGCCGCGGUUGCGGGCGCGAGCGGUUGGGGCAGGGCGCCGCUCGCCAGCAUGGGCACCGCGAUGCGCCAGAUGUCUCAGACGUUCCUGCAGCAGUGCAUGCAGGUUGACAGGCACGUGCAGAAGGAACUGAUGGGAGUGGCGCCGCCCGCGCCCGUCGGGCCCGCGCCGUGGGACGCCGACGUCGACAUGCCCCCUUCCAGUGCCACGGACGGCGCGAACGACGGGGCCACCUGCUGA